AUGUAGUCGCGUGGCGUGUUUCUAAACUUCUUGUGCUUUGUUGAAGUGCAUUUAAGCGUUUAAACUCUUGUAUUGUGGGCAAAAUGGAAAUCAACAAACAAUCAUCUGUCGCUGACAUUAUUCUUUUUUUGAAAAACAACAAAUUGGAUGAAAUUGUCGAAGAUUUUAAAGCUAAUCAAGUCGACGGCGUGGAUUUUUUCAAUUUAGAGCCACAUGAUAUUUAUCAGAUGAUUCCUCGAAUAAAACUUCACAAGAAGUUUACGUGUAUUUGGAAUGACGUUACUCAAAAGGGGUCAUCAGCUUCAACAACAUACUCUUGUGUCACUUCCAACAACAUCAGAACCAUCAACAAGGAUGUGAAUCCAGACAUUACGAGUAAUUCAGCUGAUCAUCAAGAAAAUCAUGAUGAGGGCUUGUCAGAAUCAGCUUCAACAGUACACUCGCACAUCUAUUCAAGCCACAUAAGAACCAUCAACUUGGAUGUAAAUGAAGACAUUGUUCUUAGUACUUUAGCUGAUCAUCAAAAUGAUGAGAACAUUCAACCAGAGAGACAUCUCAAGGACAAUGUUCCAAGGAGUCCCUUGACAUCUAAUGUGAACAAUUCCAAUUGGUUGUCCAAGUUUUGUUUGCCAACAAGACUGAAAGCAGAGUUAGGACAUAUUUUGGAGAAGAGUGAUGUUGUGCAAGACAUGAAGGAACGAUGGAAUUUGCACAGAUAUAAAAUGCUGUCUGUUAUUAAAAAGACAAAGCAAAAGAAUGUCAGCAGUAUCCUUGAAGAGCUGGAGGAUUGUCCAGUUGAAGAUGAGAAAGAGGUCAAGAACCGGUGUAUAAUGGCAUGUUUGCCUUAUGUGUUAGAUGACCAAUGCACCCAUCGAGAUAUGAACAAAAAGCUAUUUUGGGACAUUGUUGAUGGUAAAAGCUUGGGGGAAGUUCAAGAGAUCAUUAACAAAAGUUCGUCUCCUGGACUCCUAUCAACAGGAACAUUAAGAAACAUUCAUUCAAUAAUGUUGGUGGCUGAGGGGAUGAUUGUGGCAAAGCUGAAAACGGAAAAUAUUGUCAAUGCAGUUAUUAUUUUACUUAGUUCUUUUAAUACUUUUAAUGCUGAGUAUCCUAAAGGCGUUAAUGGACAUUGCAAAAAUGUAGUUAUUCUUUUAGAACAUUUGCUUUUAAAUUCGAAAGGCAAUUGUAAGGCUCAAUUGCCAACUUUUGUCGAUCAUUUUAUGUCUUCUAUGAAGUAGAAAACUUUUGUAGUGUUAAUUAAUGGCAUGUAGUAGAGAUUUUAAGUAUUCUGAGUUUGCAAAAAAUGUGCUAUUUAUAA